AUGGAUGUGGAUAAUCUCCUAGAAUUUUCCGGAGAAGAACCAUCGAAUGAAUUAACAACAGUUUUGAAUUUUGAACCAGAUGAGUCGUUGUUAGCCAAUGAGACAGCGAUAAUAGUUAAAGAUAAACUGCUGCCUUAUCAGCCGAAUUAUUAUAAAAUCUCAUUACUCUCUAUAAAAUGUAUUUUGACUCUACUAGUAAUUCUUCUCUCAGCCGUCUCACGGAAAAGAGACUUUCUUAAGGUAUUUGUUCUCCUUCUUAUUACCCCUAUCAUUAUUGAAUGUGCUUUGGAUAUUUUCACCGAGAUUAAUGUGAGCACUGCCGUGUUUGGCAUAACAGAGCAACAUUGGCAGUACUACAACGGAAACUUUAACAAUGUUUCUUUGUAUAAGUUGCAAGAACAAGCUCUCACUGUAUAUUCGCAAGUUUUUCAUUACUAUACUACAUAUACUGUGAAUCCCUCCAUUGAUUAUGUCCCACUUGUUCUGUAUAUUUUGGGGGAUUUCCUCUUCUGGACCACCAUUUUCUAUGCUCUCGUAGCUUUUUAUUUCUCCCAUGCGGCCAUCCAAAGACCAGAUGAAAUCUCAUAUUCACAUUAUUUAUGGACAUAUUUGAAGUUCUCCGUGUUUCCUAUUGCUCUGACAUUCUUAAAUGUCAUGAUAACACAGUUUGAGCUUCCUGAAGCUGUUGCUUUUCCAACGAUUGUUCUCAUAAGAUUGAUAGGCAUAAUUUUCAUUCUUGCCCUUGUACUGCAAACGUUUUUGUCUCUGUUUGUAUUUUGCUCAAGAAGGGAUGAUUACACGAAGUCAUCACCUUAUGAUCAAAUCAGAAAUUCGAAAUGGAGGUUAUUGUGGUUUAUUGUCUUCCAGUUACUUGUUCAGGCGCUGAAUAUCCCAUAUAUAGCUUGGUCCGCCUUAUCUUUGACCGCGGAUUUUGGUGAUUUAUUCGGAUUCGAAUUGGAUUUCGAGAAGCAGAUAGCAACUGAGUUUUUCAUUCUUCACAUAACCAUUUAUAUGAUUCGUUCUAUUAUUUUAUUAGUUCUCAUUAUUGUUUUACUUGUUCCAUACCGUAAAAGGUUUAUUUCAACAUUCUGCCCAUGUUGUCGACGAGUUUAG